AACUCCUAUCCACAAUGGCACAAUAUUAUCGCUGCCCUCCCCUUUCGUCAUCCAUGACUUCCCUCCCCGCCGCGGUCAUGGCCACCGCGACGACGCUGCCCCUAGGCCUCCUCCCCUCCAAAACGCUGACCCUCUCCCCUCUCCCUUCUGCGCGCCGAUCCCUCUCCAUCGCCGCCGUGGAGCCCCGGCGCUGGCUCCUCCGAGCCGCCGCUGAGGAGGCGCCUGAGGCCGUGGAGGUUGAGUUCGUGGAGCCCGACGCGGAGGCGGAGGAGGAGCCCGCGGUACCGGAGCCCGUAGAGGCGCAGCUCGCCGCCGCGGGGGCUGGGAAGGACGCCGACAUCUUCGCUGUUGUCAUGAUUGGUUCAAGACAAUACAUUGUGAUGCCGGGCAGGUAUAUAUACACACAGAGACUGAAAGGUGCCAAUGUCAAUGAUCAGAUCAUAUUAAACAAGGUGCUACUGGUGUCAACUAGAGAAAAAGCUUACAUUGGCAUGCCAGUGGUGACCAACGCUGCUGUUCACGCAGUGGUUGAAGAACAGGGACGUGAUGAUAAAGUUAUAGUCUUCAAGUACAAGAAGAAGAAGAAGUACCAGAGGAAACUUGGUCACAGACAGCCAAACACAAGGUUAAGAAUCACAGGCAUAAGUGGAUACGAAGAGUACCCUGCUGACCCAAUACUUGACCCUGCUGCAGCUUAAGCUAAAUUGUAAGUUAUGUAGUUACAAAUCGGCUGGUAGUACAGUAGCAUGCAAGUUUUGUUCUUGUUUACUUUUUUUUUCUCUGGAAGGAACACUUUUCAUCAAAAUUUUACCUUGUUUUGUGUUCCAAAUGCUGCCAGUCAACAAGUGGUUCCAUGUAUUUAUUUCAUGAGCUCUUAUUCUUGUUCCUUUUCAACUUGUGUGUGCUAGCCACUAGCCAGUUGUAUUACAUGACAUUCCAUAAAGAAGAGAUUUCUUUUUACUAC